AUGGCGCGUGAAUACUCCCCCCACACCCGAGUGCUGUUCCCAUGCCUGGAUUAUUCCCCCGAGAAGCUGAGCUAUGUGGAGAACGAAUUCCAGGUGCGGGACGACGACGUCUUCAACAUCACCUACCCCAAGUCAGGCACUAACUGGAUGCUGGAGAUUCUGAGUCUGAUCCGUUGUGGCGGGGACCCCGGCUGGGUGCGCAGCGUGCUGAACUGGGAGCGGGCGCCCUGGGUGGAGACCAAGGUGGGGCUGGAGGCUGCCCUGAAAUACCCCCCGCCCCGGCUGCUCUGCUCCCACCUCCCCGUCCAGCUCUUCCCCAAGUCCCUGCAGUGCUCCAAGGCCAAGAUCAUCUACACCCUGCGCUGCCCCAAGGACGUCCUGGUCUCGCUGUACCACUUCUCCAAGCUGCUGCGCCUCUUCAAGGACCUUGGCUCACUGGACUCCGUCCUCGAGAACUUCCUGAGCGGGAAUGUGGCCUACGGCUCCUGGUUCGACCACGUCACCGGCUGGAUGGGGCUGAAGGGCAACGAGAACUUCUUCUCCAUCACCUACGAGGAGCUGCAGCAGGAUCUGCGGGGCAGCGUGCGCAGAAUCUGCCACUUCCUGGGGAAGGAGCUGAGUGAGGAGCAAGUGGCCGCGGUGGUGGAGAACGCCUCCUUCCAGAGCAUGAAGGGGAACAAAAUGUCCAACUACUCGCAGCUGCCGGACGAGUACAUGGACCACCAGAAGGGGGAGUUCCUGAGGAAAGGGAUCUGCGGUGACUGGAGGAACCAUCUCUCGGAGGCACAGAGCCAGCAAUUCGACACCGUUUACCGGGAGCGGAUGCAGGGUCUGGGCAUGACCUUCCCCUGGGACUGACGGCCUCGCGCCCGCCACAUCUGUACCCGCAAUACACCGGCCCUGUGCCACCCACGUGCUGCUGCUCUUACUGUGCCCUGGGAGAUGCCCCCUGGGGCAGCCUCACUAGAGCAUCAGCAAUAGGCAGAGCUGGGCUGGGGCAUGUGUCCGGCAGAGGUCAGUGAGGACGCGCGCAUGGCAGGGCUCAGCUGAGGUGUAUUUAAAAUCUGUCCAUUGCAGCGUUUUCCUGGCCCUGCUUGCAGGCAGGGGGCUCUGCAGGGCAGUGUGAAAGUCUGCACAGAGCCAGCCUGGAGCAUGACGCGGGAGAUGGGCCUCUGUGCAGGGAGCAGCCUGCUCUGUCUCUCUCGAGUUUGGGUUCCUGUGCGUGAGGGCUCUGGA